GUACUCUCUUCCUUCUCUCUCUUUCUUUUUUGUUCUUUCUUUAUUGUCUAUAAAAGCAAAUCAAUCAAAGCUCAAACAGUUGUUAAUUUCCAUCUCUUCGAAAACACCCAUCUUUUUCUUCCUUUAUUUGUUUUUCUCGUGUUUUCAACCAUGGCUGACUACCCUUACACCAAUUUCUUCUCAGGUUGGUUCAAGUUCAACCCUGUUCAACAUUACCCAUCUCCAAACCCCCCACCUCCUCCUCCACCCCAUCCCCUCCAACAACCUAAUUCUUUCACCCAUGACUUUUAUAGCAACAGUAGAAAUGAUCGAAGCAGCCAUAUUAACCCUUUCUUUCACUACCAGACCAGCUGCUCAUCAUCAUCACCUCCUUCGCCUCCUGUUAGGGAAGCCUUGCCACUAUUGAGCUUGAGCCCCACAAGACAGAAUAAUGAAGAUCAAGAUCAGGAUCAGUGUUCUUGGACCACUGCCAUGAAUGUAGACAGCACCAAAGGGAAAGAGGAAGGUCGGCGGCUACUCUUCACUAACACCACUGCAGCAGAAGCUGAAGAUGAAACUGUUACUGUUGCACUGCAUAUAGGGUUACCAAGCCCUAGUGCUUCAGAGUUGGCUUCAUUUUUAUCAUCUUCCUCAGAGAUAACCGAUAAAGAUGGGGAUGGUGAUGAUUCUUCUGGGUGCGCAGUUAACAGGCUCAACAAGGGACAGUAUUGGAUCCCUACCCCUUCUCAGAUUCUUAUUGGCCCUACUCAGUUCUCUUGUCCUGUUUGCUGCAAAACCUUCAAUAGAUACAACAACAUGCAAAUGCAUAUGUGGGGGCAUGGAUCUCAGUAUAGGAAAGGGCCCGAAUCGCUAAGGGGAACCCAACCAACCGGAAUGUUAAGACUUCCUUGCUAUUGUUGUGCACCAGGGUGUAGGAACAACAUUGACCAUCCAAGAGCGAAGCCACUGAAGGAUUUUCGAACCUUGCAAACACAUUACAAGAGGAAGCAUGGGAUCAAGCCCUUCAUGUGUAGGAAAUGUGGAAAGGCAUUUGCUGUGAGAGGAGACUGGAGAACCCAUGAGAAGAACUGCGGGAAGCUCUGGUAUUGCAUUUGCGGCUCGGAUUUCAAGCACAAAAGAUCUCUUAAAGACCACAUUAAGGCUUUUGGGAAUGGCCAUGCUGCUUAUGGCAUCGAUGGCCUGGAAGAAGAUGAUGAGCCUGCAUCUGAAGUGGAACAAGAUAAUGACUCCAUGCAGUGAUUGAAUAAAUUUAAAAAGAAAAGAAAAGAAAGAAUGAAUUGUUAAUUAAUUAUGUGUUUUAUUUUCAAGGCUUCCAAAGUAAGAACUUUAUAUAUAUAUAUAUGAAUCAAUUUACUUGGGGAAGGCAUUUCAA